UGAAGAAACUAUACCAAUUACACGGCACCCUCUUGCCCAAAGUCAACGCCUGAAUACGUGGUUACGCCGAAGGCAGACGUCACCACAGCUAAACUGAAGACUGGGUAGCUAUGUUUCAGGAGUUCAGUAUUUAUAACUGUCCGUGUUUGAUGUGUUUCCUCGUGAAGACAUGAUUCCUCUUUAAGGACAACUCAACAAGUUCUUGAAUAACUGGGGUGGGAGAAGAUCAUGGCAUCCAAACGUGGGCAGGCUAGUUAUUCGGAUACAGCCCCCUUCCUUGCCCAGCCUGACAGCACUAAGGAGAAAAACUCUGAGAGAUCUCAGUACUCAGGAGAAGUCAAACAUGCGGAACCUAGCCCGGUGGAGGAAGUAGGACCUGAUGAACCCGAACUCAUCUCAGGCUUGUCUUUCUGCCGAUCCCUUAUCAUAGUGUUUGUACUGUGUUAUGUUAACUUAAUUAACUAUAUGGACAGAUUCACUGUAGCAGGAGUGCUGCCCGACAUCGAAAAAUACUUUGAAAUUGGAGACAGCAAAUCCGGAUUGUUACAAACUGUCUUCAUAUGCAGUUACAUGGUUUUGGCACCCGUCUUUGGUUACCUAGGAGACCGCUACAACAGGAAGUACAUUAUGUGCUGUGGGAUAUUUUUUUGGUCUGCUGUCACCUUGGGCAGCUCAUUUGUUCCUAAAGAGCAUUUCUGGUUGCUUUUACUGACCCGAGGGAUGGUGGGUAUAGGAGAGGCCAGUUACUCUACUAUUGCUCCUACAGUUAUUGCUGACCUUUUUGUUUCUGACCUCCGGAGCAAAAUGCUGUCCAUCUUCUACGUUGCCAUCCCAUUUGGCAGUGGACUGGGAUACAUUGCAGGGUCAAAAGUGAAAGAGGCAACAAAAGAUUGGCACUGGGCUCUCAGGGUGACACCAGCUCUGGGAUUGGUUGCUGUGGUGUUGCUGAUCCUGUGUUUAAAAGAACCUCAGAGAGGCGCAGUAGAGCAUAGAUCGGAGAGAUCACUUGUCCAUACAUCCUGGUUUACAGACCUCAAAGUACUGGUCAGGAACCCCAGUUUUAUCCUGUCUUCCCUGGGUUUCACAUCAGUGGCUUUUGUGACUGGUGCAUUGGCUCUCUGGGCCCCUUCAUACCUAUUCCGAUCCCGGGUGGUACAAGGCACAGCUGCUGCCUGUAUAGAGGAACCUUGUAGCUCAACUGACAGUUUCAUAUUUGGACUCAUCACGUGCAUAACUGGCAUUCUAGGUGUGGGUACUGGUGUUGAAAUCAGUAAGCAGUACCGAAAGGUGAAUCCUCGUGCUGACCCAUUGGUUUGUGCUGCUGGUCUUCUUCUCUCUGCCCCUUUCCUCUACCUUGCCUUGGUCUUUGCAGAAUGCAGCACGAUUGCCACUUAUAUUUUCAUUUUCUUUGGUGAAACCUUCCUUUCUUUAAACUGGGCAAUUGUCGCAGACAUCCUACUGUAUGUGGUUAUUCCUACUCGCCGUGCUACUGCUGAAGCCCUGCAAAUUGUAUUGUCUCAUCUUCUGGGGGAUGCUGGAAGCCCAUAUCUUAUCGGAGUGAUCUCAGACAGCAUCCGUCGCAGAAAACCUGCUUCCUUCCUUUGGGAAUUCCGCAGCCUAGAAUAUGCCCUCAUGUUGUGCUCCUUUGUUGGAGUCAUUGGUGGAGGAUUCUUCUUGGGCACAGCUAUCUUCAUUGAGAGUGACCGCAGCAAAGCAGAGUAUUACUCUGGAGAUCAAGGAACAGUACAAGAAGAUGAUAGAAUUAUUGUACCUCAGAGAGGACGAUCAACCAGGGUUCCUGUCUCCAGCGUCUUGAUCUGAAAAGAGGAUAUUUAUUAAAGAUGAAUUGCCUUUAAAUAGUGGGACAUAUUUUAUUCUUUGGGAAGAAUUAGUUUCAGCAUUAGUCAACCCUCCAUUUCAUACAGUGAGUGCUGUCAGCAUGCAAUAAAAAGCCUUCACAGAAAAAAAAAAAAAGAUAAGAACUAAAACACAUACUAAAUUAUCUUUGCCAUCACUAAGCCCAGGUUGAUGUUUUGGGGCAGUUGAUGGUUAAGUUUAUAGUAGUAAUGCAGAAACACUUUGAAAUGGUGAAGCCUUGCAACAAUUUGCAGCUGGAUCUUACAAAAAAAGUACUUUCAAAGGAAGGGUACUGGAUGACUCUCCAUAUAAAAGUAUGGACAUCUUUGCUUAAGUAGGUUAAGAUGGUAGGUACCCUGUAUUCACAAGAUAAAAGGCUUUGUAAAGCACACAUAUGUUUAUAGAUAAUAGCAUGGUUUCAGGGAACUAAUUAAUUAAUAAACAUAGAAACCAAAAGUAUUAGGAAAUGCAGUAAACCUGCUCUAACUGAGGGAGUGCUUCACAUAUUUUAUACAGUAUUGAUAUCCAUGUUACACGGUUACCAAGUGUCAUGAAAUUCUAAAAUCCGGAACAUUCUGCUGCAGAAUAUCAUUACAGGGUAAAAAAUUCAGAUAAUACACAAGUGUUGCCUGAUGAGGUACCUUUAUUUUUCAUACAAUGUUUUAUUGUCUUCUUUUUUGUUAGUGUUUAUUUUUUUUGCAAAUUGCAGUUGCCUGUGGCAGCAAGUCCCUUGUUUGGAUAAACAUGUUGCACUGUUUUCAUCUGUCUUGGUAGAAGUAUUACUGUCAAAAAAAUAAUCAUACUUUAAUUUCCAUGCCUUACCUGUUUAUCCAUUACAUGUUAACUAGUUUUCAGUGGUUCUUUGUGGUAGUUCUGUUAACCAGCAUGUCUGAAACUAGGUACGUCGUAUAUUUCACUACUGGUAUUCACAUUAAAUUGUUUCCUAAAGGGAACUAUGUAGGGUCUAGCAGAACAGGUACAGCAUACCAUAUAAAUUAAAUUGUAACAACUUUGUUUAAAAGAAAUUUGUUAUGCAGACCAACAGAAGUUAAUGUUUUGUGAUAUAAAUUCUGUUGUCCUUAUUUUUGAUUUCUUCACCUUUUGCAUAAUAUCUGGGGAAUUGCUUUAAGUGGUGACUGUAAGUGAUUAGACUAGGAUUGUGAUGUGUUUACAAGUCAUACAGACCUAAGUUAAAAAGCAUAUUCCCAUCUUAUUACUGUAAUCAUGUAGUUCAGAGAAGUAAUUGGAAAUCAUAAAAUUGUCAGCAGAAAUAACACUGUUACUUAUACAAUAUUUUAAUGACCGUUAUAUCUUUAAAAUUGAAGGUAACCUGUCAAGAGUGGCAUUCUCUGUGGAUGAGAUGGUUUCACCAUGUUAGGAUAUUUAUUUAACUGAAAUAAAUUUGUUUAACAGUG